UGCGCAGCCGGGAUUUCUGCUUUGCAUUGCAAUUUGCAAGCUGCAGCCCUAUCAAAGGUAUAGAGACGGACGCCCGAGUGUCGGUCCAGCUAUUCAUCAGUUAUACCACACUACUAGCAUCCAAAGGGAGGAGAUCCGUGAGGUGGCAUUUGGGUGCCAAUAAUCUCCAUCCCUCAACAUGGAGAUAUUUUCCAGAACUGCCUUGGAGCAGGAAUUAAAGAUAGAAAAGGAUGAUUCGGAUGGUCAAAAAGCAGGAAAAGGACCCAAGGCCAGCCAGGCAGGGAGCAGCAGGGAAUUCAGGGAAAGAUUUGAGCAGAAGAUGCUAGGAGGAGUCGAAGAGGAUGCUACCAGCCCAGAUGUGCAGCACCAAAGCUUUAGGCAGCUUUGCAACCAGGAGGCUGAGAGACCCCGAGAGGUUUGCAGCCAACUCCACAGGCUUUGCUGCUGGUGGCUGAAGCCAGAAAGGCACACCAAGAAGCAGAUCGUAGACCUGGUGGUGCUGGAGCAGUUCCUGACCAUCCUGCCGGCGGAGAUGGAGAGCUGGGUCAGAGAAUGCGGAGCGGAGACCACUUCCCAGGCGGUGGCUCUGGCCGAAGGUUUCCUCCUGAGCCGGGCAGAGGAGCAGAAGCCGGAAGAGCAGCAGAUGCAAGGCCUGCUGUCAGAAGCGGCCCCUGAUUUCUCCAAGGCCAAGAAGUCUCCAUCAGAUGCAAGGCAGAGGCUGCCAUCCAGCUGGAUCUCCCAGGAGGAUGGUGGAGGUUCCGCCUUGCUAGGUGCUGGAAGGACACCGCCCAGACAUCCUGCCCCAUCUCUCCAUUCCAGUGGGGCAGAAGAAGCUUCAGGAGGAUGGGAUCAGGUGACCUUUGAGGAAGUGGCUGUGCGUUUCACGGAGGAGGAGUGGGCGCUGCUGGAUCCAGCCCAAAAAGCCCUGCACAGGGAAGUCAUGGAGGAGAAUGCCGGGAAUCUGGCCUCUCUGGAAGGUGAAAGUUGGAAGAAUGAGGGGAAACCCAGCGGAGUCAUUUGGAGAGGUACGAGAGGGGAAAAGAGGGAACAGAAACUAAAAACGGGAGCAAAAUCGAAGAACAGGAAUGGAUCAUCCCAUUCUCAUCAUGGAACCCAACAAAUAAUGCAGAAAGAAAGAGAGAAAAGUGUGUGUCUUCCACGUAGGAAAAAUGCUAGUUCAGAACCAACCUCUCAACCUCAGUGGGAAAUGCAGCCAGGGGAGAAACUAUAUGAAUGUUUGGAGUUUGGAAACUGCGUCAGCCAUAGUGAAGAUCUUAUUAAACCUGAUAGAACUCACACUGGGGAGAAGCCACAUAAGUGCUUGGAGUGUGGAAAGAGUUUCAGCAUGAGUGGAAAUCUUACUAGACAUCAUAGAACCCACACAGGGGAGAAACCACAUGAAUGUUCACAAUGUGGAAAGAGCUUCAGCACGAAGGGAGAUCUUUAUAUGCACCAUAGAACCCACACUGGGGAGAAACCACAUAAGUGCUUGGAGUGCGGAAAGAGCUUUAGCACGAGUGGAAACCUUACUAAACACCACAGAACCCACACUGGGGAGAAACCACAUAAGUGCUUGGAGUGUGGAAAGAGCUUCAGCACAAGUGGAAACCUUAAUUUACACCAUAAGAGCCACACUGGUGAAAAACUGCAUAAGUGCUUGGAUUGUGGAAAGAGCUUUAGCACGAGGGGAGAUCUUACUUUACACUAUAGAACCCACACUGGGGAGAAACCUUAUGAAUGUCUGGUGUGUAGAAAGCACUUCAGCCGGAGUGGAGUACUUACUAUACACCAGAGAAUACACACUGGGGAGAAACCAUAUAAAUGUUUGGAGUGUGGAAAGAGCUUCCGCACAAGUGGAAAACUUACUUUUCAUCAUAGAACCCACACAGGGGUGAAACCAUAUGAGUGCCUGGAGUGCGGAAAGAGCUUCAGAACAAGUGGAGCUCUUGCUUUACAUCGUAGAACUCACACUGGGGAGAAACCACAUAAAUGUUUGGAGUGUGGAAAGAGUUUCCUCCAGUCUGGAGAUCUUAAUAUACACUAUAGAACCCACACCGGGGAGAAGCCCCAUAAAUGCUUGGAGUGUGAAAAGAGCUUCAGCACAAGUGGAGCUCUUACUAUACACCAUAGAAUUCACACUGGGGAGAAGCCCCAUAAAUGUUUGGAGUGUGGAAAGAGCUUCAGGCAGAGUGGACAGCUUACUAGGCAUUAUAGAACCCACACUGGGCAGAAAACCACACUCAUUGCUGGUUGCUGGAGGCUUUGGACAAAGAGGAAGGUGACCUUUGAGGAAGUGGCUGUGCAUUUCACAGAGGAGGAGUGGGCUCUGCUGGAUCCGGCCCAAAAAGCCAUGCAGAGAGAAGUCAUGGAGGAGAACGCCGGGAAUCUGGCCUCUCUGGGCUCUGACCAGUUUUCUCUCUUGGUUCCAGAAGGUGAAAGUUGGAAGGAGGAGGAAGAACCCAGUGGAGGCAUUUUGGGAGGUACAAGAUGGGGGGAAAGGGAACAACAGAGACGAAAAAUGGGAGCAAAAUGGAAGAAGAGGAAUGGAUCCUCCAAUUCUCAUCGUGGAAUUCAACAAAUAAUGCAGAAAGCAAGAGAGAGAAGUAUGGGCUCCCCACGUAGGAAAAGCUCCAGUUCAGAACCAACCUCUCAACCUCAGAGAGAAAUGCAGGCAGGGGAGAAACUAUAUGGAUGUUUGGAGUUUGGAAACAGCUUCAGCCAGAGUGGAGAUCUUAUUAAACACCAUAGAACCCACACUGGGGAGAAAGCACAUAAGUGCUUGGAGUGUGGAAAGAGCUUCCGCACAAAUGGAAACCUUAGGUUACACCAUAGAACCCACACUGGGGAGAAACCAUAUAAGUGCUUGGAGUGUGGAAUGAACUUCCGCACGAGUGGAAACCUUAGGUUACACCAUAGAACCCACACUGGGGAGAAACCACAUAAGUGCUUGGAGUGUGGAAUGAGCUUCAGCCAGAGGGGUAAUCUUACUUUACACCGUAGAAAGCACACUGGGGAGAAACCACAUAAGUGCAUGGAAUGUGGAAAGGACUUCCUUCACUGUGGAGUUCUUAAUAUACACUAUAGAACCCACACUGGAGAAAAACCACAUAAGUGCUCUGAGUGUGGAAAGAGCUUCCGCACAAGUGGAAACCUUACUUUACACCAUAGAACUCACACUGGGGAGAAACCACAUAAGUGCAUGGAGUGUGGAAAGAGCUUCAGCCAGAGGGGUAAUCUUACUAAACACUAUAGAACUCACACUGGUGAGAAACCACAUGAGUGCAUGGAGUGUGGAAAGAGCUUCAGCACAUGUGGAGCUCUAACUUUACACCAUAGAACUCACACUGGGGAGAAACCACAUGAGUGCAUGGAGUGUGGAAAGAGCUUCAGCACAUGUGGAGCUCUUACUUUACACCACAGAACUCACACUGGGGAGAAACCACAUAAGUGCAUGGAGUGUGGAAAGAGCUUCAGCACAAGUGUAGCUCUUACUGUACACCAUAGAACUCACACUGGGGAGAAACCACAUAAGUGCAUGGAGUGUGGAAAGAGCUUCAGGAGAAAUAGAGCUCUUAUUUUACACAAUACAACACACACUGGUAUUAAACCACAUGAAUGUUUUCAAUGUGGAAAGAACUUCAGCGAGAGGGCAGCUCUUAAAUCACACCAUAGAACUCACACUGGGGAAAAACCACAUCAAUGCUUGGAGUGUGGAAAGAGCUUCAGCAUGAGUGGAAACCUUACUAGACAUCAUAGAACCCACACUGGGGAGAAACCACAUAAAUGCUUGGAGUGUGGAAAGAGCUUUGGUGACAGGGGAGCUCUUAAAACACACCAUAGAACUCACACAGGGGAGAAACCACAUAAAUGCAUGGAGUGUGGAAAGAGCUUCAGUACAAGUGGAGGUCUCACUUUACACCAUAGAACUCACACUGGGGAGAAACCACAUAAGUGCAUGGAGUGUGGAAAGAGCUUCAGCACAAUUGGAGGUCUUACUUCACACCAUAGCACUCACACUGGGGAGAAAGCACAUAAGUGCAUGGAGUGCGGAAAGAGCUUUAGCACAAGUGUAGCUCUUACUGUACACCAUAGAACUCACACUGGGGAGAAACCACAUCAAUGUUUCCAAUGUGGAAAGAGCUUCAGCACAAGUGGAAACCUUAAUAUACACUAUAGAAGCCACACUGGUGAGAAACCACAUCAUUGUUUGGAGUGUGGAAAGAGCUUCAGCAGAAGUGGAGCUCUUACUGUACACUAUAGAACCCACACUGGGGAAAAACCUUAUGAAUGUUUGGUAUGUGGAAAGCGCUUCAGCCAGAGUGGAGGACUAACUAUACACCAGAGAAUUCACACUGGGGAAGAACACAGGGAUAUGGGAAACUGCCAUAGAUUGAGUCAGGCCAUAGGUCCUUUUUGUUCUAUGUUGUCUACAUAGACUGGCAUUGGCUUCUCCAAGGUUGCAGGUAGGAAUCUCUCUCUCAGCCCUAUCUUGGAGAUGCCAAGGAAGUAACUUGGAACCUAGAUCCUCUUCCCAGAGUGGCUCCAUCCCCUAAGGGGAAUAUCUUACAGUGCUCAAAUGUCUAGUCUCCCUUUCAUAUGAAACCUGGGGAGACCCUGCUUAGCAAAAGAUACAAGUCAUGCUUGCCCCCAGAAGACCAGAGGAGAGCUCUUAAAUCACACCACAGAACUCAAACUGGGGAGAGACCACAUAAAUGGUUUCACUCUGAUCAGGGUGGUGUUCCAUGGGUGGGGACUCCUGUGAUUUCCCCAUUGUCAUGGACAGACCACCCUCUGGUUAAGUUUGGACUCACAGUCAUACCCCACCUUCACAGGGGCGAGGGGCCCAUUAGAAUGGUCUGCCCAAAAAAGGUUAUUGGAUCCAAUAGGAUUCCAAGAAGCCUUGGAGGGAUUUAGUGUUGACUCUGCUGGUGAUCCUGUUGAUGCCCUGGUGGAGAACUGGAACAGCAAACUCACCGGGGCAGUAGACAUGAUCACUCCUAAGCGUCCUCUCCGACAUGCUUCAAAAUUGGCCCCUUGGUAUAUAGAAGAACUACGGGGGGUUGGAAGCUGCAAGGUAGAAUACUAGCGCGCAAGUGGAGGAAGACUCGACUCAAAUCCGACAGAUUACAACAUAGAGCAAAUUUGAAGAACUAUGCUCCAGCAGUACGGGUGGCAAAGAAGCGAUUCUUUUCAGUCUGUAUUGGAUCCACAAGUUCAUGUCCAGAAGAGUUGUUCGGGGUUGUGGGAGGGCUAGUAAGUGCCCCUCUUCCCUUGAAUCAGAAUGUGGCCCCCUGUGACGUAUUUAAUGAUUUUUGUGUGGAUAAAAUCUCUCUUAUUUGGGCCGA